AUGACUUCCAACUCCACCGUGAGAAGCCAAAGCGGCAGCCGCCGUGUCUUCAGUGCCGGCUCAGCUAGAGUCCCUGGGGUCAACCGCUCUGGCUUCAGCAGCAUGUCCGUGUGCCGCUCCAGGGGCAGUGGAGGCUUCACUGGAGUGGGUGCAGGAGCUAGCUUUGGCAGCCGCAGCCUCUAUGGCAUAGGGGGCUCCAAGAGGAUCUCCCUCGGAGGGGGCAGCUGUGCCUUCGGUGGCGGAUAUGGCGGCAGAGCUGGAGGCGGCCUUGGCUUUGGAGGUGGAGCCGGGAGUGGAUUUGGUUUCGGCAGUGGAGCUGAUGGUGGCUUUGGGCUCGGUGGUGGAGCUGGCUUUGGUGGUGGCUAUGGGGGCUCUGGCUUCUCCAUCUGCCCCCCUGGAGGCAUCCAAGAGGUCACCAUCAACCAGAGUCUCCUGACUCCCCUCAACCUGCAAAUCGACCCCACCAUCCAGCGAAUCAAGACUGAGGAGCGGGAGCAGAUCAAGACCCUCAACAACAGGUUCGCCUCCUUCAUCGACAAGGUCCGAUUCCUGGAGCAGCAGAACAAGGUCCUGGAAACCAAGUGGGCCCUGCUGCAGGAGCAGGGCACAAAGACCGUGAGGCAGAGCCUGGAGCCUUUGUUCGAGCAGUACAUCAACAAUCUCAGGGGACACCUGGACUACCUUGUCUCAGAGAGAAGCCGUCUGGACUCAGAGCUCAGGGGGAUGCAGGACACGGUAGAGGACUUCAAGAAGAAAUAUGAAGAUGAAAUCAACAAGCGCACAUCAGCAGAGAAUGAAUUUGUGAAUCUAAAGAAGGAUGUGGAUGUUGCUUACAUGACUAAGGUUGAUCUACAAGCCAAGGCAGACGCUCUCAUAGAUGAGAUCAACUUCCUCAGAGCCCUCUAUGAAGCAGAACUGGCUCAGAUGCAAACCCACGUGUCAGAUACUUCUGUCGUCCUUUCCAUGGACAACAACCGCACCCUGGACCUGGACAGCAUCAUUGCUGAAGUCAAAGCCCAA